UUCAUGAUGAGUUUCGCGCGGAUGAUGUGGUCUCUUCGCCUGCUGAUUCUUUUAGUUUGUUGGGUGUAUGGCCAAAGAAUGUGGGGUAACCAUGGACCGCUGUACGAAUCCACAAGGUUGCUAAUCGAAUCUGAAAGCCUAAAAGCCUCAGGGAUUUGGAAUAGGACUCAGGAAAGUAUUCAAAAACAUACGCAUCGACUACUUCAGGCCAAGGAUGCACUGGAGCAGAAACAGCUCCAGACCAGUGCCCGUUUAUCGAAAUUCUUUGGAAACGACUACACUGAGGAAUGGAGAAUCUGCUCGAAGAAAUACGAGCUCCAGGUGGCCCACUUCAACAGGGAGUUGCUGGACAAGUACAGCAUCUGCCGAAAUUCCUUGGACAGCAUUAUGGAUCACUAUGAACAGGAUGUUGUCGUGGAGGCCAGUUUCUUGAGCGGGGCUUCCGAGGAGAUCCAAAAACUAUCGAAAGCCUGUCAGAUAUGGCAACUGAAACAGUCUGGAUUUAACCACGCCGGAGUACUUCUCUGCACAGUGUCCGGAAUCGGAGGAAUCAAUCGGCGAAUAACCAGCAGCCUUGAUCUUUGCGAUGGUAUUUUGCUGGAAAUGUCAAUGGAGGACUUGGACACUCCAAGCUGUCUUUUCUAUUAUGACAUUAAAAUGCAGUUCGAUGAGGUAUUUUUCCAGAUUGAAUCCUGUGCUUUGGCCUAAAAGGAAUAAUAAAGAAAGAACAGAGAUUUGCUUAAUUCAAUCUUUCAUAUCACCCUGAUGGUUGGAAUCCUCUUGACUUUUAUUCAGAUAGGCCAUUCAUGAGGAACUCACGCCAACUUUUAAUUUGUUUA